CUGACGUCCAGAUGGUGUUCAGAUCGCCACUAGACUUCUUCUCGGCCUCCCGGAUCCUCCUGCCACACUUCGCGGAUGGACCCCCUAUUCUGGCGCGCUCACGGUCCCCGGAGGACCCUCCAUCCGCCUGUCCUCCCCUGGCUCUCCCGGGGUUGUGUUUCUCAGCGGCGCAGAUCGCCAGCGUCUGCGAGACCCUGGAGGAGACCGGGGACAUCGAGCGGCUGGCCCGCUUCCUCUGGUCUCUCCCGGUGACCGCAGACGGUCGAGAUUCCAUCUCUGAGCACGAGUCCGUGCAGCGGGCUCGCGCCGUGGUGGCCUACCACACGGGGAGUUUCCGCGAGCUUUAUCACAUCCUGGAGACGCACCGCUUUACGCGCGCCUCGCACGGCAAACUGCAGGCGAUGUGGCUCGAGGCUCACUACCGGGAGGCAGAGAAGCUCCGGGGGCGACCGCUCGGACCUGUUGACAAGUACCGCGUGAGGAAGAAGUUCCCGCUACCGAGGACAAUCUGGGACGGUGAGCAGAAGACGCACUGCUUCAAAGAGCGCACACGGGGGCUGCUAAGAGAGUGGUACCUGCAGGACCCGUACCCGAACCCCGGAAAGAAGCGGGAGCUGGCGCACGCAACCGGACUUACACCGACUCAGGUUGGGAACUGGUUCAAAAACCGGAGACAGAGAGACCGGGCGGCAGCAGCUAAAAACAGGUUGCAGCACCACCGGAUGUGUCCAAACGGUGCACGGUCGUUCAGUGGAGGAGAGUGCAGUCCAGACGAAAGCGGGGAACGCGCAGAUGGAGAAACUCUUCUCUCAGUGACGGACAGUGACUCUGACUUGGAUGUUUGAGACUCGAAUAUGAAAUGGACUUCGGGGCCUGAGACGGUCCGUCGUGGAUUACCGGAGAGGGGAGGAUGCAUUCAGGGAAAAAGGCUGGUCAGAUUUUGGGUUGCAAUAAACUAUCAGGCCAUAAAAGAGAUCCUAAAUGUAAUACCGGCCCACGGAACAGCUGAUGUCACAGGUCACAUCAAGAUUAAUUUUUUUCCUGACAAAAUAUUUUUUUUCAAAGUUGAUGGUUGUUUUUUUCUAAACACCAGACCAACAUUUUUUUUAAAACUACAUCUGGAUGGUGCCAGUGCACAUCUGUUGGCACAGCUAACACCGUCGACCUGAUUAAAACGGACAUCAAGCCGUGGACCCCUGUUGGAUUUAAACACAGAGACCCCCACACUGGGAGGACCUUUUACAGACUGAAACCUGCCAGUGAGCAAAACACUCUUAUUUUCUCUAAUUAUGUGUCAUUGUUACUUUGUUAAAUUAAGCCGUUGGAAGACCCCUGGAUGUCUACUGCUAGACAAUCAAUAUGCACUGAAGCCUGCGGCUGUUCAUAUGUUCAUGAACUUUUUUGUUUAUUUACCUUUACUUUUACUUUAUUUUAA